AUGGCUAAUCUCCACAGAAUUCAGUUCGCCCGAUUAUUUAUCAUGUGUAUUAGUGUGUCGUCUUCUUUCACUCAUGAGACCGAUGCAGAAGCAGUUAGCUUUCACUUCCCUCCCAGUAUAAAUAUCCAUAUCGAUCAGUCGGCAGAUACUUUCCUUGGUAAGGAUCGGAUAGAGCUUACUGCCAAUCAUUUAAAUGGCAGAAUGAAACGGGGCCAUGGAUGGGCAACUUAUAAUAAGUUGAUUCCAGUAUGGGAUAAUUCUUCUAAGGCUUUGGCGAAUUUUUCUACCCAUUUUCAGUUCGCCAUCUCUAACAUCAAUGAUAAUAAGCUCACUGGGGAUGGACUCACUUUCUUCCUGGCGCCUUCUGGACUGCAAUUCUCGGACAACACUUCUGGAGAAUGGCUUGGCCUGUUUGAAGCUGCAAGAGAUGGAAAUGCAUCGAAUCAAAUUGUUGCGGUGGAGUUCGACACAUUCAAGAAUCUUCCUUACGAUCCGGAUGAUAACCAUGUGGGAAUUGAUUUCGACGGCAGGAAAUCCAAGAAAACCGUUUCAGUAUAUGAUCUUUACAACAAAACGUCUCUCAAGAACGGAGAAAAAUGGGACGCCUGGGUGGAUUAUGAUGGUAACAAGGAGAAGCUUGAAGUGUUUCUUUUAUUUAACCCUAAUGGCACUAGGGCUUCUAAACCUACAAGAUCAGUCUUGUGCUACGAUAUAGAUCUGCGUCGGUUUCUUCCGCAGAACGUCCAGGUUGGCUUUUCAGCAUCCAGUGGAAACUCAAUUCAGACUCACACAGUAUACAGUUGGAAUUUUUCAUGUCAAUAUUCGUGGGAGAUUUCAGCCCCAGACGUGAAUAUUUCUGACCCAGGUCCAAUUAGAAGAAAGAAAUCUUCUGCAAAUAUAAUAUUGAGAUCUGCCUUGCCCUCUUUCGUUGCUAUAUGCUGUUUUUUCUUUGCUGGGAGGUGUUGUUCCAUGAGGACAAGAAAACGCAAGCGCGGUGGUGUUGAGGAGAGCGAUGAGGAGUUCAACAAAUUGCUUCGCGACGCAGCCCAAUCUGCUCAGGAGUUUCCAUAUGCUGACAUCGGGGCCGCUACGAACAACUUCAGCGACCACGAAAUGAUUGGUGUUGGCGGCUUCGGAUGUGUGUAUAGAGGCACAAUGCCUGGCACAAACGAAGCUGUGGCAAUUAAGAGAAUAUCUCCGUCCUCAAAGCAGGGUAAACGUGAGUACAUAACAGAAAUCAGUAUAAACAGUAAGCUCACUCAUCAUAAUGUUGUGAAGUUUUUGGGAUGGUCCCAUCGAAAGGGCGACUUGCUUCUGGUUUACGAGUUACUCGCAAACGGAAGUCUGGACAAAUAUAUUUAUGAAAAUCCAGAAGCUCCGCUGGAUUGGGAUCGAAGAUACAGCAUAGCCUGUGAUGUAGCUUCAGCUCUGGUUUACCUUCACGAGGAUCGGCAUGAGAGCGUUCUACACAGAGAUAUCAAAGCGAGCAAUGUGAUGCUGGAUUCAAAUUUCAAGGCGAAGCUGGGUGAUUUUGGGCUUGCCAGAACCGUGGAACGCGAAAAUGGAGGACAUACGACCACUGCAGCGGGUACAAUUGGGUAUAUAGCGCCUGAGUUCGUAGCAACGGGAAUGGCCACCCGAGAGAUGGACGUGUUCAGCUUUGGAGCCCUGAGUCUUGAAAUUGCCUGUGGAAGACGACCGGCAGAUUGGAGCUUGAUUGAUCACAAUUGCAGAGUGGUGGAAUGGGUCUGGCAGUUGCAUGGACAGCACAGAAUUCUUGAUGCAGCAGAUGAGAAACUGGGUGGAAGUUUCAAUGAUCACGAAAUGGAACGGCUUCUGAAAAUGGGAUUAUUGUGCUCUCAUCCGGAUCCGCAUUCCAGACCGAGUAUGGAGAAUGUGGUGGGUAUAUUGAAAAGAGGAGCUGAGUUACCUCAUGUUCCUCUCAAGUUCCCUGUAGCUGUGUAUGGUGACCAUGAUCCUCCUCAUACACCGUCUCCAUCUUCAUUCUGGACCUUGAACGGAAUUGCUAGCACAGUAAUCUCAAUUCCAUCCAAAGUGAAUGCAACUGUCUAG